AUGUUGAACGGUUUAAUAAAAUCAAUUCAAGAAAUAAUUGAAAAUGGUUUUCAAAAAUGUCUGAGUGAGGCAAAAGAUAUGGCCAAAUCCUUAAAUAUUACUUCUGAAUUUACCAACAAACGUACCUCUGUUGAAUCAAAAGACACAGAAAAUAAAUUUAGAGCUCAAUGUUAUGAAGCAUUAGAUUCUAUUCUAUCCAGUUUAUGUUGGAGGUUUGAAAAAAUGUCACAAAUCUCAUCUGAUUUUAAUUUUUUGUCUGAGUUGUAUUCUGAAAUUGAGAAUUUCAAAUAUCAGGCUCCAUUAUUAAUGACAAAAUUUGAGAAUGCAACUCAGCUAGAUAUUCUAAAGCAUAUUCAUCAGUACUCUUUAAAAGAUUUAUAUCCGAAUUUAGAGGUAGCACUACGGAUAUUUUUAACAAUUCCUGUCACUACGGCUUCUUGUGAAAGGAGUUUCAGCAAGCUGAAAAUCAUAAAAAAUUAUCUAAGAUCAACAAUAAGUCAAAAUCGUCUCACCGGAAUGGCUAUAUUAUCUAUAGAAAAAGAUAUAGUGAAGACAAUUUCAUUUGAUGAUGUCAUUGAUCAAUUUGCUUCAAUUAAAUCAAGAAAAGUACCUUUGUAA